CCACUAACUAACCUUCUCAUUAGGCUACUUCUGGUUACCUCUCUAUAUCAUCAGGAUUAUAAAAAUAACUCACUAUACAGGAUCCAAUCCUUAAUUAGAUUAUGGAUUGUGCACUUCUGAUGAAUCGCAUACUUGGAUAAAGCUAUUCAAUAAUCCCUGAUAUUUAAUAAUUGUUUAACAUGAAUCACUUCGUGAUACUCUAUUACCAAAACCAUUACUUUUCAUCAAUCCUAUUUCUUUGAACAUAUCAAUUUAAUUUUAUCAAUAUCUAUAGUUACAAUUGACACACACACAUACAUACACACAAACAGAUACACAGACACACUGGUACUGUUACAAAUUCGUUUUAACCAGUAAACAACGUUAUAUUCAAUUCGAAAUAUCUAUGCGCCACAAAAUCUUAACAAUAUAACAAUAUUAAGAUUAGUGAUAAAAUAUAAGCGACUAAUCAAAAUGAUUAAGCGCUCGUACAUGAGGCAAGAUCGUGGAUGCAUUCUGUUGAAGAGUCCUACAAUAGAACGAAACAGUUGUCCAAUGCAUUCAGAUUUUCCAUGGUUAUCUAACUUCAAAUAAACUCAUGAGCUCAACUAUGAAAAUUAAUCAGAAUUCAUUGAAAUAAUGAAAUUAUCCCUGUAUUACAUAAACAUAAAACAUAAAUACUUGUUCAUUAUUAACGAUACAUUUUUGGCUAACUUUGAUGUACUUUUUUUAGAAAGAAAGAAAAAAAUAAACAUUUGAAAGAGAAUCACUAGUUGUACAGAUAUACAACUAAUGUUUGUUCGCUUGUUCGUUCGUUCGUUCGUUUGUUUGCUUGUUUGUUUUUCUAUUUCAUAAUCCUAUGUAAGUUAAAAUAGUCCAAUAUAUAAGAAGGAUACAUGAUUGAAGUUUGUUAAAUAAAUGAAAAUUGAAAAAUUAAAUAAAGCGUAAACAACAUGGUUUGUAGAAUAAUAUAUUGUUGUUGUUGGUGGUGGUAGUGAUGGUGUUGUUGUUUUUCUCUUUGUUUAAAUUCAUUAGGGGAUAAAAUUGUAGGAUGAAUUUUUAAUAAUUCAUUUCAGAACAUAACAUGGAUAGAAAAAUGUCAAACAUAUAUAUAAAUAUUUCAAUAGUUGAAAUCAUGAGUCAAUUGAAGCUAGACCACCAUGAAAAACCUGGAAGCAUUGGACGGCCGUUUCAUCCUAUUAUGGGACUUCUCAGCAAUACGCAUCCACGAUCCCACCUCAUGGUGCUCGAACCGAGGACUUAUCAGUCUCGCGUGCGAGCGCUUAACCAUUAGACCACUGAGCCUGCCAGUAUCCAACGGUGUUAAUGUCUAACUUCAACUAAUCCAUGAAAUUGAGAGACACAUCCACCAUUGUGUUCACUGAGUUACUAUCUCACAACAGACCUAGUGGAAUUCCACUGGUCACUGCUUCUCACUAGAACUCCAGGAAAUAAAUCUUGGAGACCGUCAAUAGUGAGCAUAUGUUGAUUAAUAUCAGAAGGGGUGAUCUAGCUUCAACUGACUCAUGAUCUAAACUAUUGAAAUUAUUACUACCAAAUGGUAAAUUCUUUGUUUUUCCAAUACUAUUUCCAUUGAUCUCUCUUUUUUUUAGUAAAUACGGUUAUAUCUCAAAUUUAUAUGCUGGAUUUUUAAAGGUUUAGGAUUGGCCUUUGCUUAAAACUUGGAGUAUAUAGUCUAAUACUGACCAUAAAGAAGAAGAGAUGCCGAAUUAUCUAAAACUAAAGUGUGAGACAUACGAACAAAUUUCACUAUGUAUUUUAUGGUUAAAUAAAGUUAAGUUGACAAACUUUAAUUUUUAUUAGAAGGGGUUUAUUGUGAAGAUUUUAGACAUUAAAACCGUUAGAUACCAACCGGCUCAGUGAUCUAAUGGUUAAGCGUUUGCGUGCGAAACUGAUAGGUCCUGGGUUCGAAUCUCGCGGGGAGGGGCAGGAUUGUGGAUGCGCACUGCCACUGCGGAGUCCAAUGCUUACAAGGUUUCCAUGGUGAUCUAGCUUCAAUUGACUUAUGAUUUCAACUAUUGAAACUUUAAUUUAUUUAAACAUUUGAAAAUAGUUUAAUUUUUCAUUCUUUUUAAAAAUAUUUUCAGUGAAUUUGAAACAUUAAAAGUUCUUCAACAAUCAUCUACUUCAAAAGAAUCAAUUCAACAAAAAUCAUCAAAAUAUAAAAAAUAUACUAAUUGGAUAUGUAAUUGUAAUAGAACUAUUACUAAACAAUGUAUAAAACGUCAAUUUAGUCGUAGUAAAACAACAAUUGAAGAACAUAUUUGUUAUCCAUGGUUAAGACGUUUAUUUUUUCAUUUAUCCAAUUAUUUUCCAAAUCUUCAUACAACUAGAUCUUCAAGAAAUUAUCGAUCACAAACAUCGACAUCAUCAUCAUCAACAGUAAUAAAUCGUCGACAAAAUAAUAAAUUACCAUUAAAUAAAAACAUUAACACAUAUAUUUAUAAAUCACCAACUAGAUUAUAUAAAGAGAAUGAUAGUCAACAAUUGUAUAAACACAAUACUAUUGAAUGUAUUAAUUCAAUUACAAGAAUGUCAAUGAAUGAUCUUAAUUCAUCAGAUACAUCUUAUCUUGCAGAAGAUAAUCAUGAUGACAUUAAAAAUGAUACAAGUAAUAAUAUGAAUAAUAGAUUUAAACGUAGACCAUUACAAAGGCAAAAAUCUAAUGGAUUUAUUGAUUUGGAUAUAGAACCAGAAAUUAAUCUUAGAGAUAGAAAAUCAAUAUUGUAUUCAAUUUAAAAGAGUAAAAGCUCGACGUACCAGUUCAAGUUCACAAAACGAUUGUAAUAAAAUAAUAAAAAAUAGAACAUUCAAUAAAGAAUAUUCUAUACAUGAUAAUAAUCUCCAAUCAAAAUUAUAUACAUCAAAUCGUAUAAAUGAUAAGUUAAUACAAUCUAAUCUAUAUUGUACAUUAAAUGAUUUACCACAUGAUCAAGAACCUGUGAAAAAACAUUUAGAAUCAUGGUUAAAAGAAACCGUUACUAGAACAAUACAAGGAAAAGCUCUAAAUAAUAGAACAAGAAGAAUUCAUAUGUCUCAUGUAAGUAGUGGUGAAGAACAAAGAGAACCACCAGAAACAGUUACACCACAACCGCAUAGUUUUGAUGGACCAGUAACACGUUAUCAUGAUGAAUGUUUAUUUACUACAAGUUAUAGUCAACAAUCUAUUCAAAAACCAUUUAAUAGAAGUUUAAAUAUAUCAACAGAUAGUUCACAAAUUAAACCACCAUCUAUUACUAGAGAUAGUAUUGAUGGUUAUUUACCUUAUUAUUAUGAAACUGUUUUUGAAAAACAUCCAGAAAUAAAUGAUCAUCAUAAUAUAAAUAAAACUGGUGAAAAAAUUAAUUUAUCUUCAUCUAAUCGUAAUAAAUUAUAUCGGAGAAAUAGUAUCAAUCCUAUGUUUGAUAUAAACAAUAAAAAUCUUAAAUCUACUCAAAGAUCAUCUUUUAGUCAACAUAGGAAUUUUACUAUUAUCAAUCCUAAUAAUAAUACUAAUAAUCAAAUAACUAAUGAUUAUACAGAUCAUACAUUACCAUUAAUUAUCAAUAAUGAUCGUUUACAAAUAAAUCGUGUAUCAUAUGAACGUGCCAACUCACCAAAAGAAUCAGAUCGUAUAAAGGAAGAAUAUUUAUAUCAAUAUAAUCAAUCCGAUAUUUAUAAUAAUAAACCAAUUGUGCAUAAUACAAAUAAUGUCAAUGAUAAUAAUUUAUCUUAUUAUUGUGCAAACAUUACAAGUCAAAAUACAGAAAGAUUAUGUAACACAAUAAAUCCUAACCAAAGAUAUAGUUUUAACGAGAAAGUUAAAUUGUCUAGAUCACCAAAUGUUACAUCUUUACCAGAGAAAUAUCGUUUAACACAUACUUUAUCAGAUGAGAAUAGAAAUAAAAUGAUAUUUACAACAAUGAGCCCUGUUAAUACAUCACAAUCAUUACGUAAAUUAGUAAACAUAAAAAAAUCUCCACAAACAUCAAUUGAUAAUACUGGUCAACAUGUAAAUUAUGAAUUGUAUAGACGUGGAUCAAAAUAUUCUCAUAUAUUAGAUCCUUCAUUAUCUAUGGAUUGUAGUGUAUCACAUCAACCACAUCAAGGUAUGUAUAGUGAAAGACGAUAUUCACGUCAUUUAAAACCAUUGGAUGCUUGGCAAAAUAGACAAUCACACAGUAUGGAAAUUGUUUAUUCCACACCAAGUAAUCAACGUUCAUUAUCCAGUCCACAAAAACGUAGUCCAUUAUCGAAACAAUCUGCUAUUCGUAAACUUCCAGCUAUUUAUAGUCGAUCAUUGCAACAUUCAACUUGUUCAUUUCCUGUUCAAUGGGGUGGUUUUCUUAGUGGACCAACAUUAUCAUUAACAUCAGCAUUUGAUUCAUCAAGUUUAACACCGGAUUCAUUAAAUCAUAGACAAUUUUUUCGUAAUUCACUUGAUUCUCAUGAACCAACACAACUUAUAUCAGGAAUACAACAUCAACAAUACCAUCAUCGUUCACAAAAUUCAUAUAAAGAUAAAUUUUUCAUUUCACAAGAUCAUACUUAUUCUGCUACAGAAUCUCCAAAAAAUCUUAAUCCAUUAAAAGAAAAUAUUAAUAAUAGUAGAAAUAUUAAAAGUUUACAACAAUCACAUAUUAAUUUAUCACCAUGGCCAUAUAAUGCACAUUCAGUUACACGUAAAGUACAUAGUUUUGAAUUAAAUCCUAAUAUACAUUGUCAACAACAACAACAACAAUCAUCAUUAUCAUCUGAUUCUAUUAAAAAUACUACAAUUUUAUUAAAAGUAAAAGAUAAUCUAUCAUUACCACAAUCAAAUUCUUCAUCAAGACGUGGUUCAGCAAAUAGUAAUAAUUCUGUAUUCAUAUUAAAAGAAUUAAAAUCAAAAUUAAAUAAUGAUAAAUUACCUAAUAAUGAUUUCAUUCCUAAUAAUAAUAAUAACUGUACUGAUAAUACAAUAUUAAAUUCUUCUUCUUUAUUACAAAAUUAUAAAACUAAACCAUUAGAAAAACUUAUACCACCAGAUUUAAUAUUUAGUCCAGCAUCACGACGUGCAUCAAUGAUGGAUGAAGAUAUAUCAUCAAAUGUACAAAAUUCAAUAUUGAAUAUUACAGAUGAUCUACAUGAAGUACAUUCAAAUCAUAAUAAUAAUAAUAAUAAUAAUAAUAAAUUAAUGCCAACUAACUUAUUUGAAUUCAAUCAUUCAAAUUCAUUAUCAUAUCAAAAUUUAAAAUAUAAUCGACAUAAAUCAGCUGAUACAUAUUUAUCAUCAAAUAAAUUAAAUAAUUUACAUAAUUUCUAUUCGCAUAGAAACAGUACAAAUGUCCCACAACAAUAUAAUAAUAAUUAUUAUUAUAUACCUUUAAAUCAACAAAAUAUUACACCACCACCACAUUCACCUUUAUUAAUCAAUAAUAACAAUAACAAUAAUAAUUACUUUUGUAAUAAUGAAGAUGAUUAUGUCAAUUAUCCAUAUCAAUCACAUAUACAUGUAACAACAUGUUGUUCACAAAUUGAUAUGAGGAAUAUACAAAAUGAAUGGGAUUUUAGAUAUAAUAAAAAUCAAAAACAAUUAAAUAAUUAUAAUUCUGAUUAUAAUUUAACUAAUCAUUAUAAAGAUAAUAAUAAUUAUUAUUGUAUUAAUAAAAAUAGAACAUCUAUAAAACAAAUACAAUCAAUAUCAGAUGAAGAAUAUACUAAUCAUAAAUCAUUAAUUAAAACAAAAAUGAAAACACUUAAAGGUAAAGAUUAUCUUUUUAAAAGUACACGUGGUAGUGAUACAAAUAUUAUUGAUCCACAAUUACUUAAACCUUCAUUAGGACCAGUUAUUGAUAGUAGUGAUGAGAAUACAAGUGAUAAUAAUAAUAAUAAUUAUGAUGAUAAUGAUGAUGAUGAUGAAGGUGUUGAACGAUCACAAUCAAUAAGCAUUCCAUCUUCUAUAACAAAUUCAUUACAAUCAAGUAUAUAUUAUAAAGAUAAAAAAUCUAAUAAAACAAAAGAUAUUAAUCAUAAACAAACUAAAACUGAUAGUCAUGCAGCUAGACGUAAAAGUUUUCUAGCAAAUUAUUGUCAACAAACUAUUCAACAAGAUGAUGAACAAAGUAAUGAAGAUAUAAAAUUUAAUACAAAUGAAUCAGAUAAUGAAUUUAAUAUAACAAAAAUUAAAUCAAAUCGAUAUGAAUCAACUAGUGGAUUGAAUAAUUAUAAAGUUAGAUAUCAUACUGAAGAUAAUAAUGAUAAUGUUAACAACAGGGAUUUAACAUUAUUACAAAUAAAUAGAUCAAUAAAUACACGAUGUAAAUCUAGUGAUUCUGGAUUAAACUACAUGAAUAACCUUAUUAGUAGUAACAAAGAUUAUAAAAAUUUGUCAAAUACACGAGAACUCCCAUCAAUCCAUCAACAACAGAAACACCAUCACCAGGAUUAUCAUUCGAUCAAAAGAAAAUCUCGAAGAAAGUCAAAAUAUCAUUAAGAAUUAAUAUUAUUAUAGUGUAUGAACAUAUUUGAUUUUCAUUGAAUAAACAUCCAACUGGGGAUAUUCUAAUAAAUGAAUUUAAUUUGUUGUGUAAAUCAUUAAUUGAUACUGGCGUUUUGUUUAAAACAAUCUAAAUCAAGAGAAUGAAAUAUUUUGAUGUUAGUUUGAUGUGGGUUGUUUUUUUUUUUCAACCUCUAAUUUUUUCACAAUUACAUUUUGAUCAUUUUAAUUUUGAAUAAAUU